CCGCAAUACCAUACUCGCAACAUACAAAAAACCAACAAAUGGACGAGUAUGCGACGCUCAUCGACGAGCACCAGCUUCUGCUGUGUAAGAUAUGCCGGCAUGCUGUAAACCCAGGUGAUAGCGUCAAGACUCACUUUAGUCGUACGCAUCAGGUAAAGGGACAACUGCUUAAGGAUAUAACGAACUACAUCGAUGUAGACUCACUGAACAAUCCAGCUACAGUUGAACUGCCAGCCGACUGGAGCGAACCGAUUCCGAUUCUUGACGUAUAUAGCGGGUUCAGCUGCAAUGCAUGCCGCUAUGUAACACAAUCACGGAAGAACAUUACCCAUCACUGGACAGAGUCACAACAUAGCUCCGACGGACCAAAAUACAGCGCCGUACAACUACAAACAUGGACGCCAAUACGGCGCGCGAGAUACUGGAUCGUUAGAGCUUAUGGCGAUGGCGACAGUACGAUAGCACCGGAGUCUGCAGCGACAAAUAGCAUCAUGGAUAGGAUGAUCGCCGACAGCAAGGCCGAGCUACUGGAGGAGGACACCAAGAGAAACGAGCACGGUAACAGGCAGGAAGGCAUUGACUACGACUCGACUUGGGUGAAGGAAAUGAAGUGGGUGAGGCACUUUGGGGACCGGAGUCUGACCGAGAUCCAUGAUGCGGCUCAGGGGAUACGAGCAAAGGCCAGCAAGGUUAAGGAAAGAGUCCCCGAGGAUGAAAAGGCUACGAGAGAGCUGCAGCUACUCACGCGACUAAACGAGAGCUUCGACCGAGAGGUAGACCGCUGCAGCUGGCGACUAGAAGGCGUACCGAAGGAGACGUUGCAGUGUCUUCACGGCAUCCAGCCAGGGAAACCAAACAGCUUGCCAUUCGGAUGUACAGCAAAAGACAAGUCGCGGGCCAGCUAUCAGUCUGUCGGACAUCGCUACUUAGAGUUCUGCUGGCGGGCACACGAAAUGGGUCGCGAGGAAGCGGCAACACGACUGGCGAUGCACUUCACGGACGAGCAAUGGAGCUUAAUGGCAGAUGUAGCCCGCGAGCUAGAGGACGAGCAGCUAGGCGAUAUUGUCGGACAAACCGAACUGCACGAUGAUAGCGGCUUCUUUAGCGGAGACGAUGAUACCAGCAGCGAAAGCUUGAGCGACGACGAGGACGGCAGAGAGCGAAGGCCAGGACGCCGCGAAUUAGCAGCUAUGGAGACGAAAGCGCUCGACCAAGCCGUGUUUCGAUUCAUGAUAGCUUCCAUCAAGGUGCGUGUAGGCGGCGAUAUGUAUAGCAACGCAAUGCUGUGCUUCUGCGCGGCAACGGGCAUCCGAAGGCACCCGCUAGGCUACACGGAGGCGUAUCUCUUUACAGGUGUACUGGCAGCGCUAUCAUGGCUUGCCCGACUCUUUUUUCUGGAGGCCGGAUUCGAGGACGUGUCGCCGGAGGAGGAGCAUGUGGGAGUAGAGGCGCUUGAUCGGUUCCAGCAGGAGCACGAGACGUGGAUGUGCAUAGGCACUUAUACAGUGAUGAGCAAGAUCAUCAACUGGAUGGCGUAUGGCAAGGGACAUCGCAAUAAGACGGGCGGGCCGCCGACAGUGCGCUGGUCCGACGACGACGAGGCGCUGGUGCAUAACGGGGAUCACAUGCUAGUGCGUGACUUCCAGCGGGCGGCUAACAACAAUUCAUCUACGAGGUCGGGGGUGACCUCGUUGAAAACCCCAUACAAAAAAAAACCGCGCUAUUGAUGACAAG